GAGAAGGAAAUCGUCCCCCUGUCUCAGGAACCAUGUGGAAAUCUAAGAUAAGGCAAACAGUUGCUAAUUUGAGUAUAAAAGCAGGAAAUGUGAUACACUGAUUUCCUUUCAUGCAAACAGAACAAUCUGAGGGAAUAUGUAAGGGCGUUCUUUUCCAAGUCAAAUUUCUAAUAUACACCAAGUGUUCCACUGUGGAUACAAUAUUUUCAUUAUUUUGACAAUUUUGAAUACCAUGGAUGCCAACAACACCAGUCCUGACAACUUAUUGCCGAAUAAUUUCUGGGAUCAUAUGAUCAUAGCAUUUUCCGUUUCUAUGGUCAUUGGACUUGUGAUUGGAGGCAUAAUCUGGGCUUUGCUGGCUUGCCUGUCUAGUCGCAGAGCCAGUGCCCAUAUUUCCCAGUGGAGCACCUCGUCCUCCAGCCGGCGUCCCAGAGCUUCUCGUGGAUCUUCUGCCAGCAGGCCAGGAUUUUAUCGCAACAGCAGCUGCGAACGCCGCAGUAACCUCAGCUUGGCCAGCCUGACCUUCCAAAGGCAAGCUUCCUUGGAGCAGGCCAACUCCUUCCCAAGGAAAUCAAGUUUCCGAGCCUCAACAUUUCAUCCCUUCUUGCAGAGCCCCCCGCUUCCUGUAGAAACGGAGAGUCAGCUGAUUACGUUGGUACCAGCCGCCACCACCACCACCACCACCACACUUACCGGCACCACCACCAACAGCCUAUCUCAUCCCGAGUUCCACUGGUCCAAUAAUAGUCUUCGUGUCUCCAACUCAACACAAACACCACCUCCUGCUUACGACUCUAUCAUAAAGGCUUUCCCAGACUCUUGACUACAAUUCUUGGGGAUGAAUGUAUAUAGAAAGAAUCUCAGUUGUAUGAUUUUCUGUGGGCUCUUUGAAGACACCUAUGAAGUCUACCAUUGCAAGGACCUGCAGUGCGGAGACCCAAGUGAUAGUUCUGUGCCCCUCUAUGAUAGGCAUUUGCUGGACUGAAACCCUGAUGUCUCUUUCGGCGACAAAGACCUCUCUUGCGCUAUUAUUCACAACAUCACUGUGUGUUUAUAUUUGCAUUGUAACCAUUGCCUUUAGUUUAGAUGCAGACUUCAUCUAGUCUAACAAACUGACUCAUUUCUGAAGACACAGAAUGUAAAAAUAGUUAUCUUUGUAAAUAUCCUCUAAUUAACCUUAAACACAGUGAUGAAACUGCUGUUUUUAUUUAGGUUUUCUUUUCUUUUCUUUUCUUUGUCAAAGCAUUUUCCUCUGGUCAUUUUGAUAUACAAAGUAAGUAAAUAAAUCCUACCACUUGUUCAUCAGUUGGCCAUAAAGGUAAAGGACCAUUAGGUCCAGUCGUGACCGACUCUGGGGUUGUGGCGCUCAUCUUGCUUUAUUGGCUGAGGGAGCCGGCGUACAGUUUCUGGGUCAUGUGGCCAGCAGUUGGCCAUAGUGCCAUAUGAUUACAAGAUUUACAUGAUUUUUAAAAACAGAUGUAAAUAGCUUAGUAUUCGUAUUAUAUUUCUGUGGGCUAAGAUCCUCGAUUUAUGUUUUAAGAUCUUUCUAAUUGGAACCAUUGUCUGAUUAAGGCUGCUAGCUUCACAUGCUUUCUUAGGAGUAAGUCUCACUGAAUUCAGAAAGCUAAACAUCAGGGUAGAUAUAAGAAAAAUCUCCUAGAGAAGGGUUUCCCAAACUGUGGUCUGCAAGCUUCAUUCAGGUGCUCUGUGGAGUGUCUCUGAAGAACACUUGAGUUCUAUCAGAUUCUAUGGAAUUCAAAAUGUGAUAUAGUAAAAUGCAAUAUCAGAAAUAAAAGAAACAAAACACAAUCAAAAAUUGUACAGCACUUUACAUUUGCGAAAACAGGCAGGGAAAUAUAAUUAAUUGGCCUGCCCAGAGUUUCAACAAUUUCCAA